AUGACCACUGUGACCGACGUCAUUGCUCGACAGAACGAUCUUUACGGGCUCAUCUCUCGUUCUAUCGACAAUCUGAACAAACUCGGAUCUGCACGGAUUACUCGCGGCGCGGUCCAAAGUCGCUUAGGCGCGCUCAAGGCCAAUUGGGAGAAAUUCAAUGCACAUCAUGACAACUUGGUUAAAGCGAAACAUGCCGAGAUAGAGCCGCUUCAAUACGUUACCGAAAACGUGUACGCUCUCUGCGAAGAGAAGUUCCAUGAAGCUCACGGAUUUAUGCUCGACAUGCUGGACCAGUUUGAUUGCAAAGCGCUACAUGAGGCUACCGUUCACAACGCAACCAAUUCUGCUACAGGAACGCACUCUCGACGAUUACCGCGCAUCGAUUUACCGAAGUUUUCCGGUGACUACGCUCAGUGGAGGCACUUCCGAGAUCUCUUCACGUCCAUCGUCACGGAAAACAACGAACUCUCGGAUGUCGAAAAGCUCCAUUAUUUAAAAAUGAGUCUAACCGGUGAACCGGCGCAACAAUUACAGAACAUUCCCAUCAAUAGUGACAAUUUUAAACGCUCGUGGGAACUUCUCGUGACUCGCUACGAUAAUAAACGAGUGUUGAUCGACGCGCAAUUAGCCGCAUUAUUCGCGAUUCGCAAGGUGAAGACGGCAGGUGCAAAAGAAAUAAAGAAACUUCUCGGCGACGUUAAAGAGGCGCUCGACGCCCUCGAAGCUCUCGAAUGUCCAGUGAAGUCUUGGGACCACAUCAUCGUCUUCAUGAUCGUACGUAAGCUCGACGUCGAAUCAUUGAAGGAAUGGGAAACAACUCUCGGUGCGAAAUCAACGUCUCCGUCCUUCGGUGAUCUAGAGCAGUUCCUAGUUGGACGCGUGCAAACUCUGGAAUCUAUCGAACGAGUCAUAAUGCCAUUUAAACAACAAGCUGCAAAUUCCACGUCGGUACGUUCGCAGUCAAAUGCAAGAGCAUACGCUGCUACCGCUGCCGUACAACAAUGUGCUGUGUGUAGCUCGGGACAUUAUAUCGCGUCGUACCCGAAAUACCUCGAGAAGACUGUGAAUCAACGACGCGAGGUUAUCGUUGCAAAAAAUUUGUGUUUUAAUUGCCUCGAACCUCAUCAUCUCAAGGCAUGUCGCACGACGAAACGCUGUCGAUUCUGUCGCAAGCAACAUCAUUCAUCGCUGCAUGUGGCUCCCGUCGAAUCCGACGUCUCGACGCCGUCCCCUACGACGGCAAUCUCCGUCCCUUCGGCUACCAGUCCGACCACGGACAUCUCUGGCGCAUCUCAACCGAACGGACCGCUCGGCGAUUCUCACGCGUGCAGUCACAUUGCACAAUCACGCAUAAUUAAACGCACUCCAGUGCUCCUCGCUACCGCUUUAGUUGCAGUCAUCUCUCAAUCUGGAGAACAAUUCCAGCUACGGGCAUUGCUCGAUCAAGGAUCUGAAGCUUCGUUUAUCUCCGAGUCCGCCGCGCAGCUUCUCAAGUUAUCGCGUAAACCCGCGUCCGUCCCGAUUCUCGGAAUCGGCGCGCAUCGCUCCGAUGUCUCAAACGGACGGGUCUCUAUCGAAAUUAUCUCACGGAUCAAUUCGGCAUUCUCUCUCAAGUUGGAAGCUCUCGUAUUGCCGAAACUCACCGCAUACUUGCCACCUACAAAGAUUGCAUCCACUCACUGGCCACAUAUCGACGGACUCCGCCUUGCGGACCCGAAGUUCGCAAUGCCAAGAAAAAUUGAUUUAGUUCUCGGUGCAAGUGUCUACGCGCAAAUUCUCGAAAGUGGCAUUCGCCGCGGAAACGGCGAAUCCCCGAUCGCGCAGAAGACCGCUCUCGGAUGGAUAUUAUCCGGACAACUCUCCAACGACAACGAUCCUCUCUCACAAACAGCAAUCUACGGACUUCAGUGUUCUCUCGAUUGUGAGCUUCUCGAUCUGCUUCAAAGAUUUUGGCAACAGGAAGAAAUCGCGUUGUCGCCUACUGCUACGUGCACACCGGAAGAAGCUCAGUGCGAACAUCACUUUACAACGACUCACUUUCGUGACGCGCACGGGCGAUUCGUGGUACGUUUGCCGUUCCGAAAAAGUGUGAGUGAUUUCGGUGACUCGCGUGCUCCAGCGUUCAGGAUGCUGCACCGUAUGGAAUCACGCUUCGAAACGCACGCAUCCCUCAAAACGGCAUACACGGAAUUCCUGCGUGAGUAUCUUGAACUGGAUCACAUGCGCCUUUCAGACUCCCUAGACUCUUCGCGACGCGAAUUCUUUCUGCCGCAUCACGGUGUUAUUAAAGACUCUAGCUCAACGACGAAACUCCGCGUUGUUUUUAAAGGCUCGCAAAAAACCAAUCGCGGAAUGUCGUUAAAUGAUUGUCUUCAUAUCGGACCAAAACUGCAAACGGAACUUACGGAUAUUAUUAUUCGUUGGCGUCGACAUCGUUUCGUAUUUGCAGCCGAUAUUGAGAAAAUGUAUCGCCAAAUUCGCGUACAUCAGGACGAUUGGCCGUUACAACAAAUUCUCUGGAGAAACUCACCUAAUGAACAUCCGCGCGAAUACUUGUUGUGUACGGUGACAUAUGGUCUCGCAUGCGCGCCAUAUCUCGCUCUUCGUUGCUUACAGCAACUCGCUCUCGAAUCCGAAACCACGCGCGCCUUUGCUGCAGAGAUCAUUCGUUGCGACACAUAUGUCGACGACAUUCUGUCAGGGGCAGAUACAAUAGCCACUGCAGAAGAAAAAAUGCAGCAGCUCCAAGACACGCUCACGGCGGGCGGCUUUAAGUUAAAAAAGUGGAUUGCAAAUUCUCCGGAUCUGCUCGCAAACAUCUCAGCUCACGACCAAGAAGUGUCAGCGAUUCUGCCGGUCGGCGAUCCGGCUACGCAUCACGCGCUCGGCGUUCAGUGGAAUCGACUGAGUGACAGGUUCAUGUUCUCCGCGCCGUCGCCUCCGCGAACAGUCGCAAUCACGAAACGCGCAGUGCUCUCGUUUAUCGCGCGCAUCUUUGAUCCUCUCGGAUGGCUCGCGCCGAUCAUUAUUACUGCGAAAAUAUUCAUGCAGGAACUCUGGGCUAUUCGUCUUGAUUGGGAUAGCGAACUUCCGGACGAUCUCAAAUCUCAAUGGAUCGACUUCCUCGAGCAAUUUAAAAACUUGUCAGUUAUCUCAAUUCCGCCCUGGUUCGGUACGAGUUCGGAUACUCUCGACGUGCAACUUCACGGAUUUUCGGACGUCUCUCAACACGCCCUAGCGGCGACUGUUUAUAUUCGUGUUGUCUCACCCAGUGACACUCGCGUGACUCUCGUCAGUGCAAAGACAAAAGUGACUCCUCUCAAACGCGUGACAAUACCUCGACUCGAGUUAUCCGCGGCCGUGCUUCUCGUGAAAUUAAUUCGCAAGGUUCGCGACGUGCUCGACUUGAAUCGCUCAAUCUCUUAUCUCUGGACCGAUUCGACUGUCACGCUGGCCUGGAUCAAGAGCCACCCAUCAAGAUGGAAGGAAUUCGUGCAGCAUCGGGUAUCCUUCAUACAAGAAUUGUCAAACUCUAGUUGGCAUCACAUCGCAGGGAAAGAAAAUCCUGCCGACUUGGCAUCGCGAGGAGUAUCUCCGCAACGACUACAGCAGGAGCGUCUCUGGUGGUCGGGACCUCAAUGGCUCCAACAACCUUCAACUGAGUGGCCUGCCUCCACCCUCAUGCCAAGUUCGGCCGCACAAGAAGAGGAGCGUGUACGAAGCUAUGCGGUCGCCAUAGUAGGCCCCGAACCAGAGAUAUGGGGUCUCGAAAAAAGAUACUCCUCGCUGACCAAGCUACUCCGCAUCACCGCAUGGAUUCGACGCGCAGUCGAACGUUUUCGCAAAGCUACCGCUGCACCCGCCGCUCAAGAUCCUCUCACUCCGCUCGAAUUGGACGCUGCGCUCGCUUUCUGGAUCAGAUUGACGCAAGUCACGUACUUUUCUUCGGAAAUUCAACUCAUCAGGACAAAUAAAUCGCUGCCGAAAUCAAGUUCAUUAUUGCGCCUCAUUCCGUUCAUCGAUACCGAUGAAUUGCUUCAUCUCCGAGGUCGCCUGCAACAUUCUCAAUUGGAUCGAACAGAGAAACAUCCGUUAAUCUUACCGCGAAACGCUCGAUUGACAGAACUCAUCAUCGAUCAUCAUCAUCGGAAAACACUUCAUGGCGGAACGCAACUCACGCUCUCAUCGAUACGACGACAAUUCUGGAUUCUCGGCGGUCGCCUUCCGAUACGCUCAUUCAUCCGACGAUGUGUAGUCUGUACACACCAACGAGCGGCGACCGGUCAACAGCUCAUGGGACAGCUACCGGCAUCGCGUGUAACGCCAUGUCGACCGUUCUAUCAUACGGGAGUCGAUUAUGCCGGCCCGUUAACGCUCAAGACGUUCCGUGGACGCGGAGCCAAGACAUACAAAGGAUACUUCAUUAUCUUCACGUGUUUCAGCACCUCGGCAAUACACCUCGAAGUGGCAACAGAUUAUUCUACUGAGGGCUUCAUUGCCGCAUACAAACGCUUCACGAGUCGCAGAGGCCUCUGUUCUACCAUUACGAGCGAUUGCGGCACCAAUUUCGUUGGAGCAGAUGCGGAGUUACAACGGCUCUUCAAGGCCUCAUCUCGAGAGUGGUCUCAUAUAGCCGCUCAUCUCGCAAACGACGGUGUUGCGUGGAGAUUUAAUCCACCUUCCGCCCCGCACUUUGGCGGCAAGUGGGAAGCAGGAGUGAAAUCGGUCAAGUUUCACCUCCGUCGCGUCAUUGGUGAGACCUUGCUCACCUACGAAGAGCUGACCACGCUCUUGGCGCAAAUCGAAGCGAUCCUCAAUUCUCGCCCUCUAACGACUCUCUCGGACGACCCAUCGGACGUCUCCGCACUCACGCCCGGACAUUUCCUCGUCGGCUCAGUUCUCAAUGCCGUACCUGAACCGUCUCUUCACGAUCUGCCAGUAAAUAGGCUAUCUCGAUGGCAACUCCUACGUCAGAUGAUCGAGUCAUUUUGGCAACGAUGGGCUAUCGAAUAUCUAUCACAAUUCCAAGUCUCUUCAAAGUGGCAUCGGGCUCACAAUCUGUUCCAGAUCGGAGCUCUGGUUCUCGUGAAGGACGAACAACGACCUCCUACGAAGUGGCCGCUCGCACGCAUCAUCGACGUACACCCUGGGUCGGACGGACUCAUCCGCGUCGCCACGGUGAAGACUGCUACCUCGACGUUCAAGAGACCGAUUGUAAAACUGUGCUUGCUACCGAAAGUGACGAACGAGUCCAACCAACAGUGA